GUUCUUGUCACUGGUGCCUCUGGGUAUAUCGCACUGCAUUGUGUAAAGCAACUAUUGGAAGAUGGUUACACCGUUCGAGGAACUGUCAGAAAUCUUCAAAAUUCAGCAAAAAUUUCGCCUCUGCUUGCGCUCAAGUAUAGUUCUGAAAGGUUGGAACUAGUCGAAGCUGAUUUGGAACAUGCUGAAGAUUGGCCAAGUGUUCUCGAUGGUUGCGACUAUAUUCUUCACGUUGCAUCCCCUUGGCCAAUUAUCGCCGAUGAGAAUACGGUGAAAGUAGCCGUUGAAGGUACCAUAAACAUCUUAAAGGUAGCCGCGAAGAUACCAACAAUUAAAAAAAUCGUCUUGACAAGCAGUUGCUCUGCAAUCAAUGGUAUGCAGUUCUGA